CGGCGCCGAAGACAUGGAUGUCGAUUAUGGCAGUUUUUUUAAAACUUUAGUUUAUUUGGUAAAUAUUUUCUUAACUAUUUAACUCUUUCUUGAACUGCAAUGUUGGUUAAGGGCUUCUAUUUCACUGUAAGGUCUACUACACCUGUUGUAUUCGGAGCAUGUGAGCUUUGCUUUGCUACACCAGUUUCACAUGCAGAACAUAUGUCCACCUCAGGCAACAGAGGAGAGGUUACAUAGUAGACCCAAAUCAACAAGCCUAAUAUGACAAGAAACUGAACUGCUUACAUCUGUCAUCCAAUCACAGUGGAAGGAAAAACAUUUGUUUGUCACCGAAACGGUACGGAUGAUGCAAACAGACACAUUGACGGUACCGGCUUCAGAUGACUCCCGUGGGGCAAAACGGAGACAACCAUCGGGUUUGUGAUAGGUUAUGUCAAACAAUGCGGACGCGGCUAGAGACAUUUUCGCGAGAGGACCGAUUUUCAGUAUGUUUCAUGGUCUGACAAACACUGCUGUAGCUCGGCUCCCUUCCACCGCAGAUGCGGAGGGCAGUCAUAAGCAGAGAUAUCUCUAUCUUAAACUGAUGGAUUGUGAUGGUGUUUCUUUGUAUUAUGUUACUUAAAUUGACGCACCGGUGCAACAAUAAACUCUUAAGAGGUUUGUACAGGUGACGUUCAAAUGACAGUCAUGACAGAUCCUGGAAACCAUAUUCCUUUCCUUUCAUUAUUCUAGUCUCUCAUUAUUCAUAGGUAGACGUUUGACGUGGCAAGGAGGUGGCUUUCAUUUCACUAGAACAGAAACAGAAACAGAAACUUAGACACGGGACAUCAAACCUGUGUUCUAGGAAGCCAUCACAUUAAGGUUAUUCCCUACUCUGGUUAUUAAACGGCUCUGAACUUGUCAAUCAAGUCCAGCAAAAGCAGUCAAAAAUGUAUGCUAAUUAUAGUCCAGGCGAAGAAGUUAAAUGUAGGAUGAUGGCCAGGAUGAUGAACUCGAACGAUUCAGGAUUGGAACGAGGAUAUGGAAACGACUACCAGAUCACAAAGCGUACAUACUUCCAACAGCCAGAUUCCUAUACUGACUCAGUGAGCACAGAGAGAACCCCACAUGUGAGAAACAGGAAGUGGAAUGGGGGUUCCAAGACGUUCCAGAAAGGACCUUAUUCUCGGAGGAAUGGUUCCAGGAGUGCUUCAUUAGAAGACACCAUACAAAGAGGAAAAGAAAGGAAUACAUCUGCUCUGCAUGACACAAGUUGCAGAACUACACAAGGUGACACUUCAACAGCACACAAAAUCCCAAGCUGUUUGUUAAAGAUGAUUGUGAUUGACCUUCAACCAUUGUCCAUUGUUGAAGACAAAGGUAUCUGCGCUGUUAUGAGGGCCAUUGAGCCCACACCGGAAAUUUCACGAGUGACAUCCAAAGACCUACGCUUACAACUUCUUCAAAUGUAUAAAGAGACUAAAGAGAUGGUGAAAAAAGAAUUGGCUUCAUCAGAUGACAUUUCGUUGACAGAAUUGUGGGUUUCAAGAGCUGAAGUAUCUUUUGUGACGGUGACCUGUCACUAUCUAGGCAAAGACUGGCAUCUGAAGUCCCAUGUGUUGGAAACUUUGAUGAACAUACUGAUGAACAUACUCCAAAAAACAUAG